AUGCCCCGGCCUCCUUGCCCCUACCCGGAAUUAACCCUCAGGCUGCGAGGAGCUGCUACAGCCAGCAGCAGCAGUAGCGCUGACCCGCUGCCCUGGGAUGUACUGCAGGCUCUAGCAUUGCUAGACGGACUCGCGGGUGAUGGUGGGGAGUUCUGGCAGGUCUAUUGUGAUGCGCUGCUCCCUGCCCCGGAGCUCCUGACACUGCCCAUGUGCUGGGAGGGCCCGCGUCUAGCGGAACUGCAGCAUGCGGAUAUCGCCAAUGCCGCCAGGGCGCAACAGGCUCGUCUGUCGUCGCUCUUCCCCAUGUUCAUGGAGCCCCUGGCGCCCGACGUACCGAGCUGGUUUCAAUGGGCGUUUGCGUGUGUGAGGAGCCGGGCUUUCAGGGUAGGCCCCGAUGCCUUUGCCUUCGUGCCCUUCCUGGACUUUGCCAACCAUGCGGAUGCGCCCCCCAACGGUACAACGGUCAACGGUACUAGUCCGCUAACCGCCAACGCUGACUUUCGUCUCUCGCCGGCGACGACGAGAGGUACCCCUGGCGGCGACAACGGCGGCGGCUCUGAUGACGGUGUGUCGUACUUUGAGUUGGUGGCGCUUCGUGACGUAGCCCCGGGGGGGGAGGUGACCAUAUGCUACUGCGGACCAGAAGGCUACACCAACCAGCGGUUUAUGGCGCAGUACGGGUUCGUACCGCGGGGGGGAAACCCCGCCGACCGGAUCAAGUUGGAUCUGGAAUCCGUCGGGCCCCACCCCGCGCCCCUGGAGCUCUCCCUCUUCCAGGAUCUCCUGGGAGAUGCCUUGUUCCUGGGGGCCUUACGUGGAUCCGAUCCGUACCUCCUGGCAGCUCUCAAAUCACUGCCACUGAAAGAUGACAAUGAUGACGGUGAUUGCAAUAAUGAUGAUGAUGAUGAUGUUGGCGCUGGCGGAGGUGGCAGAGGCGCGAGUAUGCGUACGGCAGCUGUACUGCUCAGUCAGGUGGAGUCGCAGCUGGCGGAAUGUACGACACCCCUGGAGGCUGACGAGGAGUUGCUCUCGGAUACAUCAGGUGAGCAGUUGUGGGCUGAGGACCCGCGACUGGCGGCAGCGGUGUCGUACCGUGUGGAGCGCAAGAGGCUGCUGGAUUUCGGUUUCGUCGUUAUUGUCGUGUGA